GCGCCAGGUUAGAAGUGACAUCCGUGAAAGGCAUACCCAUGUUCUACGCGGAGGCACCCAAUCUCUCAUCUCGGGCACCACGUUCUUGCCUCUACCCUUCGUCAAGAAGUCAAGGAUGUCCUUCAACGCUACAAUUUCCAUCUUCUUUUUGGUAUCACCUGUACCUGCACCCAUGUGCGGAAGUAAUGUGACACUGGAGGUAUAUGAACGCUCAACACAUCUGCCAUCCCAAGCAUCUCCUGAAGUCUAUCUUUCUCAAAGAAUUCACACCAAUCCGUUCUGCCAGUCGCAGACCGAUACCACCUAGGCCGAGGAUUGCAAGAGUACGGCCUGUCACGUCAUGGGCGUUGCUUGGAGAAAGCCUUGACUUCCACAAUCCGUCUCUGAGGUCGCGUUCUGCCUUCGAAAAUUGUCUCAACGUAGAGAUGAUGAGGAAUAGAGCUGUGGUCGCGGUGGCGUCGUUUACGGCCCCAGUUGAUUAUAACUUUACCUCGCUUUUUGCAAGCAGCAACAUCAACCGGAUCGUACCCUGCCGCCAUCUGAGCAAUCCAUUUUACGCUUGGAGACAGCCCAUUGAUCAAUUCUUCGUUGAAAAUGCCAAUUUUUGCUGCGGAGAAGUUACGUCUGAAGAUUGCUACUAUGCCAUCGUAUUUUCCGCCGGGCUUCCAACCUUCCAAGAAGUCGGCUCUGUUCGGAGAGUCCAUGUGCUACAGAUAUCACGAUGGUGAGAAAUUAUGGCAUUUACUUUUGUCAACAGGUCGCGCUCACGAUGAGUUCUGCGAUGCCUCGAAACAUGUCCUCGCACUCCUUCCAAGCAUAUUCAACUUCUCCUAUAGAAUGGUCAGUAUAGGGUAGAUACAUAACUAGAUAAGUCUCUUCACCGCAAAUCAUCACGCGAGUCAUCCUCGUGAUGUCCCUCUACAGCCAGGAUGCAGCUUUCCCGAGAGCGAAAUCAAGAAGUUUGGUGAGGCAAUCCACGAUCGGAGAUAACAAUGCCACUUGUACUCUAUCUCCACUAUCGCACUAUCGCACCCUUGAUAUUGACGCGAGGUGACUCGAUACGUGUCUAUUUCAGAUGCAAUGAUAAAAUGAUAAUACAGAUAUUUGGAUUA